AAGGCCAUCAAAUAAAUAUAAAUAUAUGAAUUAUAAGUUAAUUUUUUAAGAUGUGCUCGAUUGAAUUGGGCUAAUAAUAAACAAUAAGUUUAUCAAUUGAUUAAGAAUUGGUUUAAACUCUUGAGAAAAUUUAGAAACAUUUUUCUUUAAAUAAAAGGCAAUUCAUUGUAAAGAUGAUUAUUAUUAUAAAAUUAAUUAGAAAGUUUAUUAAUAACAAUCUAGAAAUUUAUAAUCGCUUUUUACAGAUAAGGAUUCAGCUUAGAAUCAAAAUAAUUAAAAGAGUAGAUAUAAAUUAAACACCAUCGCGAUAGACAUCUUGGAACAGAAUCCCUCUAUAAAUAAAAAAAAGCAUAGAAUUAAUUAAAUGA